CACAUUUCUCCACCUAACGAACUGGUCUUCUUCACCCGUCUCGACAUCCGCCCCCACUCAACAAUGUCUUACUACGACAUUGACAGUAUCAUAGCAGAAAACCAGAAGAUUCCAUGCACCUGUCUCGUUUCUAUCCCCGGGCUUGGUCACGAAGGUCGUGAGGUGUCCCAAGGGUCCAAAGUGGAGCUCCCCUUCUGGCUUGCAGAGGUGUUCGCUGUAAACUCCUUCGUGGAUAUCCACAUGCCCCCACCAUUCUCUUCGGUCGUCAGAAAUGCGUUAAAGGCAAAUCCAAACACGGUAGCUCUGCGCGAUACCACGACUCACUUUUAUCAUUUCGCAGAACAACUUCUUCAUGUUGUGUCGGACACUUCGCUGGCCGAAGUGGUUCUUGACACGCUGAGACAGCGCUCCAUGGAAAUUGCCGAUGCUGCAGUCAACCCCCAAGGCGCUAUUCAGCAGAACAACAGCUUCAUUGAGGGUCUCGACGACUUUGAGCGAUUGUUGUUUCGGCUUGCCUACCUUAGUCAUAGAGAUAUUGCCAGAUGGCAGAAACAGAAUUGAAGAUGACUUUAAGAAGAAGAACAUACUCACCGCAAUAUUGAAGGGACCUUGGUCGAAAACGAAACGACGUAGCACAAAUAACAAACCUCAGACAAAACUUCGGAAGUACGAGAGACCAUACACACAACUCAACUUAACAUCACAAACCUAUAGAGAAGCAAAAUAUAAAAAAUAAAACUCGA